AUGGCAUAUCAGAUUGAUUUGUCUCAAUCACAUUUUAUUAUUGAUGAUACUCCUUAAUUGAAGAGGGAACCUCCAGUUAUGUUUGCAAAGAAGGAGUCAACAGAUUACUUUGAUGCAAAUUCAACAAUUUGUGAAGGGAAUGAGGAUAUAGAACCUUAUUCAUUUUCGUUGAGAUUCAAAGUGGAAUUGAAGUAGGAUCCUAUUGUAUAAGUAUAAGAGGAAAAGGAACUUUGUAAUAUGGGUUCAAGUUUCGGAGUCAAUGAUGGUGAUAAUAACAAAGAUUUUGAUAAUCAGAAUGAUGAUGUUAAUAAAAAUAAUAAAGAUCAUAAAGCUAAUAAUCAUUUACUUAUAGAGAAUAAAUAAAGUUACAAUCAUAUUUAAAAACGUAAUGUCUAUGUAUAAACUAAUAAAUAAUUAUUUGUUAAAAACUAAUAAUAAUUAUUUAAAUAUAAUUAGAAAUAUAUUAAUCAUGCAGUUUAUUAAGAAACUAUAUAAAGUUUGAAAUAGAAAUAGAGUCUAUAAAAAUUCGUAAGUAAAAACAAUAACAAAAAUCGAUUGUUGAAUUUACUCAUACCAUUGAUUUUAUUAAUAAUACUAAUUAUGUGUUUAUGA